UCGUUUCAUUAAAACAGAAAAUCCUACCAUUUACUCGUAUUAAAAUUUAUUUCCCGGCCACCUUGUGUUUUUCAGCGUUGUUUUUCGUCUUUUUUGUGGGAUAAAAGAUCAUACCGCGACAUUUAAAUAUUUAACAGAUUGUAGCAUGAAUUAUUUAUUUUUUCCUGCUGAAUUUCUUUUCAAGUAUCAAAUUAACAAAGUUACUCUUGGUUUUGUUAAACUUUAAAUAUGGGUUACUUUAUUAACCACCCUUUUCUGUUAAAGCUAAUUAUCUCCCUAUAAGAAUAUAACUCCUUUUUGUCGAAUUAAACAGUUGAGUAGCUUUGGAUGGAAAGGAUAAUUUGACUUUUUGUAGGAGAGAUGAGAUAGUUAUCCCAUUACGACCAACACGAGACGAGGUUUUGACACUGAACGUACACAGAACGGAAGGAUAGCUUAUUUGAGAGACAAAACGGAUUGAUAGCUAAUCUACUAUUUUGUAGAUGACAAUUAACACAGUGGCGCGUUUUGUUUCAAAAAUACUGUGAAAAUAACCAAAAAGAUUGUAAUCAAAGUGUCGAUAAGUGAUUGGAAUUUUGUUAACUGCAUGUGGCAAGAUGAAGAUUAGCCGACAUUUGGCGCUAUUCGCGUAAUAACACGAAGAAGAUUGCAGACUUUUGUCAGAGUUGAGAUGAUGUAUCUAUGUAUCUAAAUGAUUGAUCCGUAGAUUUCAAGUUAAACAUCAAGAUAGCUAAUAAACUUGCCGGAUUUAUAUCGCUCUUAAACGCCGUUUUGUUUCAACGCAAAGCAAAAAACUACAAGUGGCGAGCUAAAUUAAGAGGAAAACAUAAAACAACGUUUCUCAGAGAUUUAAGAAUACAUCUCCGCCUAUAGUACAAUUAAGAACUGUUCGUUUAUUCAACCGUGGUCAAAGUGGAUUCUUUUCACAGGAAUGCUUUAUUUAUUUUUCAAUGAAACAAUAUAUUUAACGUAAAAGGAGCAAUUUUUAUUUGCGGAUUUUAGAGAAGUAGUUAUAUAGCUGUGGUAAAGCGUGCGUUUGCAUAUUUUAUAUCAUAUGGCAAGGCAUGGCCAGGUGUGAGAAAAAUAUUUACCAGUGUUGAAAAAAAUAUUGGAUUUGCCUCAUUCAUACUAUUUGUUUGUUGUUUUUUUUAAGAUGUAAAAUUACACGUGAUAUUUGUAUUAUAUAAUCUGUAGAUUUUCUUGAGCAUGCAGUAGAUCUAUCACCAGAAUGAUGAACAUGCUGUUGAAGUGAAACUGAAAUAAUUUUGCAGAUUUUAAAAGGUUUAAUAAUGAAUUUGAUAGGUUUUGAAAUAGGUGUGAUUUAACAAAAUGUUAUCAUUUUGUCUUGAAAAUCCAGCUAAUAAAAGAAAUCGAUUAAACAAAUGGAUGUGUCAUUUGAUUCGGAUUUGCGACCUGGAUAAAUUUAAGUGAGAGAAUAUUUAUAUAUCUUGACCAAAAUCCUUUAAGUUCUCGUUCAAGUGCUUUUCGGAUAAACAUGUGGAUUUUUAAGGCCCCCAUAGGCCUUACGGAUUUUUAUGUUGUAGUGAUAUGUUAUUUAUUAACUAUGACAUACGUAGACGGCGGAAAGAAAAAUAAAGGCAAGAAGUCGCAGGCGGAGGAGACCGAGGCCAUGGAAAGACUGUCACGUGUGUUUGGGAUCGAGCACGCUCCCCAACACAAUGUACACUCAACGCCACCGCAAUUUAUGUUGGAGCUUUUUAAUGACAUUACCGACUCAGGAGGUCUAAUUAAAAAAGAUGGUCCUUAUAAUGCAUCAACUAUCGUCAGUUUUCCUGAUAGAGCUUACAACAAAGAGAUGCACUUCUAUUACAACGUAUCAAUGCAUUCCAGUGAUCACCUGUUAGAAUCAGAGUUUCACUUAUUUCGGAUGACACCGAAAUCUAACCACUCUCGACAUUCAUUGCCACACUCACGUCUUUCACAUUUAAUUCAGAUAAAAGUAUAUCAAGUUUUAGAUCCUAAUAAUAUGUAUUCCGAUCAAGGUCGACACUUGCUUGACCAUAAAAGAGUAAGGACCCAUGAUAGAGGAUGGGUCAUAUUCAACGUGACUCGAGCAGUGAGGCAAUGGGCCAGUGGUCAGUUAAAAAACUACGGAUUUUUAGUACUAUCCGAGACCAUACAAGGAGACCAGUUAGGUGAGGACGAAGUAAGAUUUGCUCAAAGAAAAGCCCACCAUGACACAAAACAACCUAUACUUGUUGUCUACACAAACGACGGACGACAUAGAACUCCGCAUUAUAUAUCUCCUCAAGACCAAGAAUAUAAAGAAAUAAGACGUGAUAUCAGACGACUGGAGAAAAAAUAUCAGCGGAAAAUGCGCUACAGAUAUGACAACGCCGGAUUGCAGACGGCAAUAAAGUUCUUGAAUGAAAAGGAUAGAGAGGAAUAUGGACAUCCAUUCUUCACAAGGAAAAAUAGUGUAAACAAUAGCAGACGUAAAAGAAAUGCUGACUUAAGCACAAGUGCAAAUAGUGAUAAAAGCAAUAGAAAAAAUCGGACAGGAAGAAAGGGAAAACGAGACACUGAGCGUCGUUUUAGUAAACAUAGAAAGUCUUGUAAUAGGCGACAAAUGUAUGUUGAUUUUGACGAAAUCGGGUGGGCGGGUUGGAUCAUUUCUCCGAAAGGUUACAAUGCUUAUCAUUGUAAAGGAGCAUGCCCCUUUCCUCUCGGUCAAAGCCAGAGGCCAACCAAUCACGCGACAGUACAGAGUAUAGUUCACGCCCUUAGAGUAGGAAAAGGCGUGUCUACGCCCUGUUGCGUUCCUAAUAAGCUUUAUUCCAUCAGUUUAUUAUAUUUUGAUGAUGCAGAAAAUGUGAUUUUAAAGCAGUAUGAUGAUAUGGUAGCAGCCAGCUGUGGUUGCCACUGAUAGUGUUAAUGUGAUGGUAGAUUAAUUGGUAAUAUAGUGCUUUCUUCUAAAUCGAAAAUGUACCCAUUUGCAUCAGUUUGCGAAGUUCAAGACAUCCGCAUAUGGGGCUAAUAAAUGUGAAACCAGUCGGACUGGAGGCUUGUUCAUGUCCACAGCUCCAUCGGUAAUGGUUUGGUCGAGAGAUAGAGCCAGAUAAGUUAUGGUAAUUACAGGUGAAAGAUUCAAAAUCGUUAACUUAUGUUAAUGGUAUCUUUCAAGAAUUAUUUUUAAUAAAAGUGCUAUAAUUUUUGAGAACAUUGUUUUGGUUCAACUUUUACCAAAUUACCGAAAACACGCGAUGAAAGCCAAAGGUACGUUUGAGGAUUAAAGUGUUCUUUGGAGAGUAAAGAUGCUUGGAAUUAUUAAUGACAUCAUUUCAUUGUUAGGUGUGCCAGUAAUGUUUUAUUUAAAGAAUUUCAUUUUACAUGUGUCAUAUUGAACUUGUCUCGGCAAAAGUCACCAAAAGGAAGUUUAUGCCACAAAACUAAAGCAUUGAUGAUUCUUGUACUUUGUUUGCGAAAGCCAAGAAUAACAUAGAAAGUGAUCUAGCAAAGUGCAAAGACUCAAAUCUAGAAUUUAGAAAUGAAUCACCUUUUCUAAACGCAACUUUUGAUUUAUGAAAUAAAUUUACAACCAUUUUCAGUGUUUGCGCCAACGCGGGCGCUACGUAGAAACAUUGUUUCUUUUGUGUUUUAAAAAUAUGAAAUAGAGAGAACCUUUGUUUUCAAAUUAUGUUUAAUUUUUAUAGUUGCUACAACUUUAUCUUCUUGUAUGUUUUUAUUUGUUUGUUGUUGGUUGUAAAGUCAUGAAAUAAAAGCUGAAACACG